GGCGUGGAGCUGCUGCUUCCUGCGCUGUGCUGACUGCUGGCUGCUGCUCCAGGAAGGUGAUUGCUCCAGAUUUACUAUUUCCACACUGGGCAUUUGUAAAAGAAAAGUGAUUUUUUUUUAAAUAGAAGUGGAUCUGGAGGAAAAGACUAAAAAGAAAAAAAAGAGUGAAGUGGUUGAUGCUUUCUUCACACGAGGCUGCAACUUCAAAAACGUGUUUGGACACAUUUGCCAGGAAAAGUUCUGUGGUUAGCAUACUGCUACUAUCUUGACUGGUUAAUCUUUUGCUCCGGAAUUUAAAAAAAAAAAUAAUUCAGUGUGAAAGCCCCAAAAGCCCUGGGUGUGAAUUUUAAGGGCAAAGUCAGGGGAGAUGAUUUCCUCUGAUCUGUUUAAUGUCCUGCGACUCUGGAGGAGGGACAGGAGGGGACCUGGAUUGGGUGGAGAUGGGAAAAGUAAAAGAGGUGCCCUGCUGGUUCUUGUUUUGGUCCAGACUUUUGGCUCAGCUUGGUCCCAGCAACAGUCCACCUGCCCUACUUCCUGUGAAUGUUCUGAGGCUGCCACGACUGUAAAAUGUGUGAACAAGAAUCUUGUAGAGUUGCCACAAAAUAUUCCCUCUUACGUGAAGAAUCUCUUUAUUACAGGCAACAACAUAAAAAGCCUACAAAAAGAGGCAUUCACGCAACCACAGCCUCUACUCGAUCUAACCAACCUUAAUCUCAGUGGGAACCACUUCCGAGAAUUGAGUAAUAAUGUGUUCAGCAACCUACUCAGUCUGAGAAAUCUUGAUCUCAGCCACAAUAUGUUGGAGAGAAUGAGCAACUUUUCAUUUCAAUGGGGAGAGCAUCGCAGCAACCCUCUGCAAGAACUGAACCUCAGCAAUUCCUUUAGCAAUGAAACAUUAAUCUCUCAGUUCCAGGCAUCCAUGCAGAAUGGAGCUUUAAACAACCUCCGCAAACUGGACCUGAGUGGGAACAAUAUAUUCUAUAUGCCUGAGGGCACGUUCAGUUCAUUGCCCAGCCUUAAACAUCUUGACCUGAGUAACAAUUCCCUGGUGAGUUUGCAGCCAGGGAUCUUUACAAACCUGAGCCAGCUCCAGACUCUGGAUCUUAGCAACAAUGCUCUGAAGUGCCUGAAAAACUCCACGCUUUUUGAUCUUCCUAACCAACCAGGCUUGUUAAUCAACCUCAACAACAACAGCUGGGUAUGUGACUGCCAGAUUGAGGAUUUUGCCAGAUGGCUAAAUAAGACUACAAUAGUGGAGGGAGCACCCAGUCUCUUGUGUUCCUUUCCGGACAAGAUGAGAGACACACCGAUUGUUGAGCUUAAAUUCGCAGAAGUUGAAUGUGUAUCCGUUGAUGACAACAACAGCUUGCAGACCUCCUAUGUUUUCCUGGGCAUCGUUCUAGCUCUUAUUGGUGUAAUCUUCCUGCUAGUUUUAUAUUUGAACAGGAAAGGCAUCAAAAAGUGGAUGUACAACAUAAGAGAUGCUUGCAGGGAUCACAUGGAGGGAUACCAUUACAGAUAUGAGAUCAAUGCAGACCCCCGGUUAACAAACUUGAGUUCAAACUCAGAUGUAUAAAAACGUGAACAUAAACUCUGUUAUGUUAAACAAAAAAACUUAUUUUCAAACAAGAGCAACACUUACACUAACUAUGCAUGAACCUUGUGUAUAGACAAUGCAUCAAACCCUGUUUUUGCUCUCCUCUCUCCCUGCUGGAACACAAAAAAAUGACACCAUGCAGGGCUUUUGAAUGCCUCUGUUUGACUGAAGUUUAUUGCUGCAUUCUAACUUUGUACUAUAGAAGCUGAAUAUCCUCGCAUGCUGAAUAUCCAUACACAAGAGACUUGACUCAUUCUUUGCUUUUCUUAUGUUGUGGGAUUAAUCCCUGGGGAAGGGAUUUCAAAAGACAAAAAAAAAAUAGUACAGGAGUUUUUUUUUUCUUUCAUGUUUUUUUUUUCUAUCUGAUUCACAUUUAAAUUGGCUAGUACAAGCCAUUGCCAACUCAGACCCCAUUCAACGACAACUGCCUCAAAUAGUUUAAAAAGAUAAAAUUGCAUUUCUUUUCCCCUAAGAUUUUUGUUGUUGUUGUUUCGUUGGUCUUUGGAUGCUCUGUCAUGCUUCAAACUGUUAUGUUGUUAGACAGCUAACCUUGUUUCAGAGCUUAGCAUGAAUAGCAUAGGGAUCAUACUAUAACGAGCAUGUAGAAGUAUAUUUGUUCAUUUGAAAAUCUAAAUUGAGAACUCACACAAUAAUGCUUUUUGCACUCUUAUUUUUUUUUGUAAAAAAAGAAAAAAGAAAAUGCAGUUUACAUAAAAAGCAGGUUUUCAGUAAACUGCACAAUUUUAAUAAUUACAAAUUCAAUAAAGACUAUGUUACAAUAAUUUUUGGUGUGUUACAUUUUUACAUUAUCCAUGACAAUAUUUGCUCUGACCUGUUUUUAAUUUUGGAAGUAUGUGCAGGAAACUAUUUUGGAUAGUGCCUAUUAAAUAGCUUAAAAACGUUGUAACUGCUGAAGAAAAAAUACACACAAGUAUACAAAUCUAUAUUUAUUUCCCUAGAUCAGGAUAUGGGAAGAGUUGAGAAGAGAAAUUAAUUUAUAGACCAAAGCAGCCAAACUAGAAAAAUAUCUGAGUGAAGAAUUGUCCUAGCUGUGCUAUUGUGGACUAAUAUUUGCAUUUCCUUUCUCAAUUCUCAACAAUUCCUGGUUUUGUCAACAAACCCCAUUGUGUCCCCCCCCCCCCCCCCUCAAUCUCUGAUUGUAACAAAUAAUUUAUUUAAUCAUUAUUGUGUACAAAAUACCUCUCUUGUAGCUUUUUUUUUACUAAAAUGUGAAAUCUUUCAUUUGCAUGUCUAAUACAUUUUUAAAUUGCUCCCAAAUAUGCAAGGGUCAGUGCAUGUAUAUUUUAACUCAUCUCUGAUACGUUUUAUUUGAAGGGAUCAAUAUCUCCUGUGCUGUGUGAAAUCAUUUUGUGAAAAGCUGAUUUCGGACAAAAUGUAUUUCAGCAAUAUCUAUCUUUUUUUUUUUUUUUCUUGAACUUGUCUUAAAGCAAAUAUUUCAAAAAUGCCCUUUAAAGUCUUAUGUCAAAAUGAAUGUGUAAUUAAAUUAUUAUUUUUUAUUUCGAUUUGGAACAUACACUUUUCUAUUUCUAUAUACGGUAUGUUGUUUCAUUGCUAUA